AAUUGCUAUCUUUGUAUGAAUGGCGGCUUAGAGAGAAGCAUAAUUUCAUUUGAUUGAAAAAGUUCUCGCAUCAAAAAAAUCAUGGCUCUCAGCUUCGAUGAUAAGAUUUUGGGAGAAAAGGUCAAUAAUUACUGCAGCAGCAGUGAGGAUGAGGCAGACGAGGAAGACACCGGAGUGUCAGACCCAGAGGAUGACGUCAAGAAAGCGAUAAAGGGGCCGACGUUCAUACCAGAACCAGAGCUUCAGGAAUACCAAGGAUAUUCUACCAAUACGGGUCCAAAAGGAGUCAUCAAUGACUGGAGAGAAUUUAAACGCCUGGAAAAUGAGAAGAGAGAAACUCAAGAAAAGGAAAAAUUAGCAUUGAUGAAGAAAUUGUCCAUGACUUGUCGAUCUCACCUUGAUGAUGAAAAAGAAAAACAGAAGGAUGAACAAUUUCUUCAAGAGCUUGAAGAAUUGGAUGAUGAGUUUAUAAAAGAAUAUCGAAUGAAGCGCCUAGAAGAAAUGAGGAAAGCACUUCAGAGUGUACCAAAAUUUGGAGAAGUUGUAGCUCUGAAGUCUAAUAGUUUUGUGGACGCCAUUGACAAAGAACCACCUCAAGUCACAGUCAUCAUUCACUUGUAUGAAGAUAAGGAGGCAGCUUGUGAGUUGAUGAACAAAUGUCUGGCGUGUCUCGCACAAGAUUAUCCAUCUGUCAAAUUCUGCAACAUCAAAGCAUCAGAGACCCAAGUUAGUCAUACGUUUGCCAAAAUGGGUGUCCCUGCUUUGUUGGUGUACAAGGGGGGCGAAAUGAUUGGGAAUUUUGUCAAGUUGACAGAGGAGCUAGGAAAAGAUUUCAUUUCCUCUGAUGUAGAAAACUUCUUAUUUGAUUUUGGACUGCUACCCUCUAAUGACAUUAUAAACCAGGCCAUCAAGGACUCUAACACAGGAGAGCUACGCAGUAAACUCAAGGAGGAUGAAGACAGUGGCAGUGAAUUUGAAUUAGAUUAAACAUUAUUAUGUUAAUGCCUGGCUAUAUAUCAUGUGCAAUACCAGUGGAAUAUUUGUCUCUGACCAGAGCCCCUGUGUUGAAGGCCUCAAUACCAGUGGAAUAUUGGUCUCUGACCAGAGCCCCUGUGUUGAAGGCCUCAAUACCAGUGGAAUAGUUGUCCCUGACCAGAGCCCCUGUGUUGAAGGCCUUAAUACCAGUGGAAUAUUUGUUUCUGACCAGAGCCCCUGUGUUGAAGGCCUCAAUACCAGUGGAAUAGUUGUCUCUAACCAGAGCCCAUGUGUUGAAGGCCUCAAUACCAGUUGAAUAUUUGUCCCUGACCAGAGCCCCUGUGUUGAAGGCCUUAAUACCAGUGGAAUAUUUGUUUCUGACCAGAGCCCCUGUGUUGAAGGCCUCAAUACCAGUGGAAUAGUUGUCUCUAACCAGAGCCCCUGUGUUGAAGGCCUUGAUACCAGUUGAAUAUUUGUCUCUGACCAGAGCCCAUGUGUUGAAGGCCUCAAUACCAGUGGAACAGUUGUCUCUAACCAGAGCCCCUGUGUUGAAGGCCUCAAUACCAGUGGAAUAGUUGUCCCUGACCAGAGCCCCUGUGUUGAAGGCCUCAAUACCAGUGGGAUAUUGGUCUCUGACCAGAGCCCCUGUGUUGAAGGCCUCAAUACCAGUGGAAUAUUGGUCUCUGACCAGAGCCCCUGUUUUGAAGGCCUAAAUACCAGUGGAAUGUGAAGGCCUCAAUACCAGUGGAAUGUGAAGGCCUCAAUACCAGUGGAAUGUGAAGGCCUCAAUACCAGUUGAAUAUUUGUCUCUGGUCAAAGGCCCUGUGUUGAAGGCCUCGAUACCAGUGGAAUAUUUGUCUCUGUUGAAGGCCUCGGAUUUAGCUUAAUUAAGCAUAAUAACUAAUUUACAAAAUUAUUCUUUUAAUUGAAAGUAUCUUAGGAGAACAUUUUUCUUGUCAAUGAAGGAUAAUUUACUCUGUAGAUUUAGUCUCAAAGUACAGCAAUUUUGAAACCACUCGGUAUUAAAAAUUCGUAAGGAUUAGGUAUAAUUAAGCUAGACUGUCACUGAACUAUUGGGCUUUGGUGAAAUAUUUGCCUGAAGUAUUAUGGGGUAGGUGAACUUUUCGUCCGAGAGACUGGGGUGUUGUUGUCAGCCUUUAAAAGCUGUUACUCUAGAUCUGUUAUACAUCAGAAUAUAGAUAUUGUCCUGUUUUUCAAAUUACUUAUUUUGUAUGUUGAAUUUGUGCUUUAUUUGAUGAAAAUUAGUGAUUUCGAAAUAUUAGUGAAAUAUUCAGCAAAGUCACCACAGAUGGAGGGUCCAUAUGUACAGUAUGUCGGUAUAAUAGAAAACCAUGUACUAACAAGUAUAAUCCUCAAAAACCUUUUGAUAAAAGACUACAAAAGGGAAGAACAGAGAAUUAAAUAAAGGACCGACUCCCGAUCGCGAUUAGAUAUCAUGAUACCUGAACAAUUCAUUGUAUCGGUGUUAAUGAAAUGAUUGGAUAUAUAUUUAUACAUUCACAUUAUGAAAUGUCUUGUGCACUCUUAAAUGUGCGAUUGAAUGUUUUGCUUCAGUGUAUUUAUAAUCUUAUAUAUAUUGCAGCUGCAUUAUUCUUUGAUUUUGUUAAACCAGUAAGCACCAACAGUGGAAAUCCUGUAACAGUGGAAAUCUGGUAUGAUCAUGCUUUGGUAUGUUUUGUCAAACUAGUCUGAUUUGAGAUAAGCGUGCAGUGCAUUCUGUUGCCUUGCCAUAAUAGCUACACAAGUUAGAGUUUUACAUAUGUGUGAACAUAUUUGACGAUGUCGGUGGUGCAUCUUUUAGAAUCUGUUUGAAUAUAACUUUGUUGCAUACCAUCAUUAAUGUUGAAAAGACAUAUUUCUAUUUCAAUCCUUAUACUGAGUUUAAGUUGAAAACAACAAAUGAAAUUAUUUUUCCUCUUUCCCUGCCUUUUUGUUUUGUUUCAUGACAAAUUCUAAAGAAACUGUUUUACCAAAUGAUGGAAACACUGGAACGCUUUCCUAUUGAUUUGAAAAAUAUUAACAUUUUUACAUUAAAAUGUUUAGAAACAGGUCUUAUGUGAAUCAUGUAAAUUAUUAAAAGAAAGAGUUAUAUCAUGUAAAGGUAAUUAAUUUAAUCAGUGAGCAGGCUCUAUUCAUUCCAAACUCAGAUCGCUGCGGAAAUGUUUCUGUGAGCAGGUUUCACUUAUAUGAGCACCGUCGGAGUUUAGGAAAUGUUUCUGUGAACAUGGUUAACAAAUAAUGUCUUUGCCUCCAUUUUGGAUCAAACCUGGUACCUCUGAUGUUCUAAAUGAGCUAAUAAACAAUUCUCUCUAGCCCAUGCAGUUGGUAUGUAGCAGCUAGUAUUUUCAUAGGGUUACAUAUAAAUCUUCUAAUCUGAGAAAAUGUAUCGAUGAGCAGGCCUCACUUGUAUACAAAAGCGUUGAAAAUGUAUUUUGAUGAAUGGAUAAAAAAAAACGUGUUAUUAUACCGAGUACAUCCUUAAAAUUUUGGGGGUUAUGAUCAUACACGUUCUCGCGGUCCACACCCCUGAAGUUUGUCAUGACAAAAUGGAUGGUACAUGAUCUGCUAUCUGAUUGGAUUCAGGUGGGGGAAAACAACCAAUCACUAAGCUCACACCGGUCCUUUGCUGGUCAAUUUUACUGUUGCACUUCCAUCGAAGGAUGGAACAAGUUUCAUUCACAAGAUGGAAUGUACUGAGCUUUCGAUUCUGUCAUGAUAUAUCCCAGGGGUGCAGAGAAUGUAGGAGAGUGUAAACCCUGGAUGUGACUUGUUUCCACAUCUUUAUUAUUACUAUUUAUAUUUUAUUACUUCAUGUAUUGUAAGCAUGUAAUUUUGAUAUUAUUUAUAUGAAGAUGUGUAUAAUUGGUACAUGUAUUUGUUGUGUAUUUUAAGUGGUCUUUCUUGUCGCCUGAAUCAUUGUUGUAGAGUUCUGUCAAUAUGAUGUAACGAUGUUUAUAUAUCUUUCCCUAACGGUGAAUGAGAGUGAAGACUAGUUUAUUGAUGAUUGUAAUAUAGCGUGUGUAAUAGUUUGGAUCAGGUUGAAGAUGUCAUAAUACCGGUAUGUGCACGUAUUAAUCAAAAGAUUUUCUACAAGUUAAGUUGUUGUCUAUGGUUUGAUUCCAGUCAUUUUCUUUUGUAUCCGAUGAAUUGCAGGUAAGAUCGGGAUCUUCGGGUGUGUUUUUUUUAAACUUUUGCCAUUAUUCCAUUGAUUUUUUUUAAACUAACUUAGAAAAAAAAUCAAAUACAUGACAACUAUUGCAUUACAAAGUAACACAAUACGAUACAUCUACUCAAUCCUGAAAUCGUGAUUCCAUUCCAUUGCUAAUGUAUUUCUCUGUAUUAUAGAUUGACCUACAAUAAAAAAAAAUCUAAUCAUCUUAUAAAUUAAUAAAGUAAAUGAAGUAGGAAUCAUUACCUGUACUUGUAAAAUUAUAAAGUACAAUUUAAAAAAGCACUUAAAUAAAUCUAAAUCUAAUGUGUUGAAGCAGAAUGCCAAAUAUUGUCAUUUUUGAACUUCUAAAUUUACUGCAAGAUACAAUGCACUAAAUUACAUAUUUAUAAUUAGUAAUAUGAAAAAGUUGAUUGAAAUCUUAUGUUUUUUAUGUACGUAUUCCAUUGAGAUGUUACAGUAAUUCACAUUUUUUUUAUCAAUAUUUUAUUUAUUUUCCUUUCUUUGUCAUAUUUUGAUAAUAUACUUGACAUAGUCUUUUUCACCCUAUACAAAGUGUUCCAGUUGAUGUGUCAUAUGAGGAUUAACAACAAUACAUUUAUGUUCAAAUAAAUAAUCGUGGAAUUAAUUUAUUAUCUGCAUUUAAAAAAGACCGUGCUGUACCAGAAUUUUGUGUUGUGGGCGAGUGGAUGAGGGAAACUUUGUACAUAGUUCAUUGUAUUGAAAAUUGAAUGCAACUCCCAUUCUGGAGCUUGGGCACGCCUUUGAGAGUAAACAUUGUCAGCAAGUUCACAAAUGUCAGUUUCAAGGACAAACGGAAUAUCCUUUAAUAUAAGGCUAGUACCUGGUUUUGAGCGAAUAUUUGGAAAACACAGAGCCAUCCGCUAAUCGUUCGGCCAUUACAUUAUUGAUUUUGAUCUGUAGUCCCAGUAAAACAUCUCUGAACACUGUUUGCAUUGAUCGAUUAGUGAAAUGUGUAUCUCUGUGGAUGCUAAAUAUUAUGUACAUGUACUUGUUUGACCAGGUUUUCAGACAAUGUAUGGUUAUUGUAUAAAUUGAUUGUACACG